CUUUUGGCAUUCAACGCACAGCAACUGUCGUCGCCGGAUGUGUUCGCUGUUGGACGUAAUUAUUCUUUAUAACAAAACGAUUUAUUUUCGAAAGCGCAUCUCAAGUGCGGCGGCAUUUCGUGGUGAAAUUUCGAAAAAAAGAAAAAGUGUUUAAGUGUGUAAAAGUGUUAAUUAUUUAUUUAAAAAAACAAGUAAGAAAUACGAGCAUCUAGGUACCUUAUUGAUUAAAUUACCCCAAGAGUGUUAAUUUUUGUUAAAAUGCUCGUCCCUUCGGACAUGAUAGCGGCGCAAUCCAAAAUGGUCUACCAAAUGAACAAAUAUUGCGCGGAUCGAGUGCAGGCUCGCAAAGCACAAAUCCACAAGACCAUACAGGAGGUUUGUCGAAUCGUUCAGGACGUCCUCAAGGAGGUCGAGGUUCAAGAGCCUCGAUUCAUAUCGUCACUCAAUGACUAUAACGGGCGUUUCGAAGGGCUCGAGGUGAUCUCUCCGUCCGAAUUCGAAAUAAUAAUCUACCUCAAUCAAAUGGGAGUUUUGAACUUCGUCGAUGACGGCACCCUGCCGGGCUGUGCGGUUCUCAAGCUAAGUGACGGUCGAAAACGUUCGAUGUCGCUGUGGGUGGAAUUUAUCACCGCGUCCGGUUAUCUGUCAGCACGCAAAAUACGUUCACGGUUUCAGACUUUGGUCGCGCAAGCCUGUGACAAGUGUGCCUAUCGGGAUAUUGUAAAAAUGAUAGCUGACACAACCGAAGUUAAAUUAAGGAUACGCGAACGUAUAAUUGUACAAAUUACACCGGCUUUCAAAUGUGCCGGCCUGUGGCCUCGUUCAGCUUCACAUUGGCCACUGCCGGGAAUCCCAUGGCCACAUCCGAAUAUAGUGGCUGAAGUUAAGACUGAAGGAUUUGAUAUGUUGUCGAAGGAGUGCAUAGCACUGCAGGGAAAGAAUUCAGCAAUGGAGGGCGAUGCUUGGGUGUUGAGCUUCACAGAUGCAGAGAAUCGGUUAUUGCAAGGUGCCAGUCGGCGUCGGUGCUUAAGCAUCCUGAAAACCUUGCGUGACCGUCAUUUGGACCUGCCUGGCAAUCCUGUCACCUCGUACCAUCUGAAGACAUUGCUACUAUACGAAUGUGAGAAGCAUCCUCGCGAAAUGGAAUGGGAGGAGAAUUGCAUUGCCGAUCGGAUAAAUGGAAUCUUCCUGCAACUGAUAUCCUGCCUUCAAUGUCGACGUUGUCCGCAUUACUUCCUGCCAAACAUGGACUUGUUUAAGGGCAAAAGUCCCGGCGCCCUAGAAAAUGCUGCCAAACAAGUGUGGCGAUUGACGAGGAUAAUGCUGACGAAUGUUCGUUGCCUUGAAGAAUUGUAGGCGAUGAUGUUUUGAGAUUAAAAAUAAAACAAAAAGAUUUACAUAUAUGCUAUCUUUUUGCUUAAUUAAAUUAAAUUAACAAAAAAAAUCACACAAAAAUAAAAUAUUUUAAGCUUUUAAACUUAAGUACUCAGUGACGUGUGCGAAUGAGAAUAUGUAUGAUUUAUAAAUAUAAAAAAAAAUAUAUUAUGAGUGAAUGAAAUGGAAUUUCGAGUGAGAGUUCAAAAUAUAAUUUGGAAAAUUUACCAGUGGCCAGUUUUUUUUCAGUUUUUCUUUUUUUUUUAUUUUAAUAUUUAUUAUUUUUCACUUUUAUAAAUUCGUUUAUUUUUGUUUUCUUUUUUUUUACUUUUAUUGAAAGAAUGGUGCUUUUGAAAAGUUUCUUAUAAUAAAAUGUAUACGUUACAAUAUUACUUAGUAUACUUUUAGCUUAUUAGUUACGAAUGUUUUUAUUUAGGAUCAGUAAAUAUAUAUAAUAUAACU